AUGAGUGGCGGGUAUGAUCUCAACCUCUUCACCAGCCCUCCCGAUUGCAACUUCCUGUGUUCUGUCUGCCACGGAGUUCUCAAGAGGCCGGUGAGGUUGCCGUGCAGCCACAUCUUCUGCAAGAAAUGCAUCCUCCGGUGGCUAGCCAGACAAAAUACCUGUCCAUGCUGCAGGAAAGAGGUGAGACAGAGAAAGAUGGUCCAUGUGAAUAAACUCCAGAAGAUCAUUGGCCGCUUGGAAGUCAAGUGCAGGAACGCCGAAGCUGGCUGCCAGGUGACGUGCCCCUUGGCCCAUCGCAAGGGACACCAGGACUCAUGCCCCUUCGAGCUGAUGGUCUGCCCCAAUGAAGGCUGCAUGUUGCGGGUGCCUCGUGGGGCCCUGGCUGAGCAUAGGCAGAACUGCCAGCACGGUGCCCAUCAGCGCUGCUCCCUGGGCUGCGGGGCCACCCUGGGCCCAGCCGAGCAUGCAAACCACAAUUGCUACCAGGAACUGCGAGAGGCCUGGUGCCAGCGCCAGCAGCGCAGCCGGGCCCUGGUGCUCUGCCUACUGCGGCACAUGCGCAAAAUGCACCGGACCACUGGCCUCAUCCGCCGGCAGCUGGCAGACUUCCUGGAGGAAGAUGACCCCCUGCUCGUGGGUGCCCCGCAAGAGGAGGCUGAGGCCACCCCCGAAGGCAGCACUGGGGCUGAGGUGUGGGGGCCCCAGGGCCAAGCUACCUUGUAA